ACAAAGAAUUGUCAUUUGUGGUGUCAUUAGCAAAGAAAAAAUGGUCAAAGAGUUUUCUCAGCUGCAUUGUUGAACGAUAUAUUUAUUGCGUAUAUUUCCAAGUCAUUUAAUAAGCAAAAAAAAAACAAAUAAAUUGUAUAUAUCAAUAACCACAAACGAAAUUUAAAAAAACGAAAUGAACGCGGGUGUUGAAGCACAAAUAACAAAAUUACUAUCAAAAUAUCAAAAUGCGGCUGCAGCAAAAAGGGAUGUAUUGCUGGUGGUAGCGAAUUACCGCAGUUUAUCUUACAAACUACAACAAUAUGUUUUUAAUGAUGGCUCUGCAAAGGAUUUAUUCUGUUUGGAUGGAACUAUUCCAGUGGUUUAUAAAAAUAAUACAUAUUACAUUCCAAUUUGUAUAUGGUUAAUGGACACACAUCCUAACAAUGCACCAAUUUGCUUCGUAAAGCCAACACCAACAAUGCAAAUUAAAUGCUCCAUGUAUGUGGAUUAUAAUGGAAAAAUAUAUUUACCUUAUCUGCACGAUUGGCAACCUCAUACAUCUGAUCUAGUGUCACUUAUACAAGUAAUGAUUUUUACUUUUGGUGAUCAUCCACCGGUUUAUUCGAAGCCUAAAGAGCAAGUGGCGCCUUAUCCAGCUUCCACAUUUAUGCCACAACCAGGUGGCAGUGGCGCUGGCACCGGUUAUUUACCAUACCCCACAGCUGGUGGUAGCGGUGGUGCUUUCCCACCAUAUCCUACUAGAAAUAAUUUUGGCUCCUAUCCACCUUACCCAACGCCGGGCAAUGUUAAUCCUGGCCCAAAUGCAAGUGGUUACUCAGGCUAUAUGAAUUUUCCAACAGUUCCUGGAUAUAAUUCUGGAUAUAAUCCUACAAAUCCCGGCUCUACAGGUACAAUCACAGAGGAACAUAUAAAAGCAUCUCUCAUAAGCGCUGUUGAGGAUAAGCUGCGACGCCGUUUGGAGGAGAAAGUUAACCAAUAUCAAGCAGAAAUUGAUACACUGAAUCGUACAAAGCAAGAGUUGGUAGAAGGUAGUACUAAAAUUGAUGCAAUUAUUGCACGUUUACAACGGGAAGAGGUUGAAAUGCAGAAAAACAUCAAUAUUUUACGUGAUAAAGAACAGGAAUUAGAGAAGAGUUUAGAAUCAAUGGAAAAUUCUGAAGGAAUUGAUCCAGAUGAAGCAGUAACCACCACAGCACCUUUAUAUAGACAAUUACUGAACUCAUAUGCAGAAGAAGCUGCUACUGAAGAUGCCAUAUAUUACUUAGGUGAAGCGCUGCGUAGUGGCGUAAUUGAUUUGGAAACAUUCUUGAAACAUGUACGUCAACUAUCUCGUAAGCAAUUUAUGCUGAGAGCUGUCAUGCAAAAAUGUAGACAAAAAGCGGGACUUGCUGGUUAGUGUUUUCGACAAUUGGCAUUGAAUUGAUGUUAAAAUAAAAUAAAAUUCACUCAUAUUGAUAUAUAUUAAAUUUUAUCAUAUAUAUAUAUAUAUACUCUAUUAACAUUAGUUACUGCAAUUUAUAAUUUAAUAAAAUUGUUAGGUUUUGCU